AUUUAAUGGCUGAUUCCUUUUGGAUUAUGCUUAAAAUGAAAGUGUCAUCAAACGUGAACGCACCUCAAAGCCACUCAUACAUGGCGCAUCUGAAUGAACUGCAACUCUUCAAGAACCAAGCGUACAAGAGAAAUAAAUUGCAAACUUUUGAAGCAAAAAAAUCAAAAGUUUCAAUAAAAAAAAUAUUGGCACAUCUUGGAAAAGAAUAUUGUGAUAUUUCAUCUCUACACUGUGUACAUUAUUUGACUGACAAUGGAGUGCAGAAAUUUGAAAAAGCAAUUUGGUUUCUUAUACUUGUGGCAACAUCUAUAGGUGCUAUAUUAACUUACUUUGAACUGGCCGAUUUAUAUUACACACAGCGAAUACAGACAACUAUUAUGAAUUCGGUCCAUCCAAUAUUCUACAUCUCAUUUCCAUCAAUUGCCAUUUGCGCCCGUAAUCGCAUUAACUAUGAACGUCUAAGUGCAGCUCGCUCGCUUUUUCUGCCUUCCAAUGUUUCUAAGGAGAGCAUAGAUGUUUUUAACACAUUUUUUGAACAUUUUGAAGAUUUGAGAUUUAAUAAAAUUUCUCAUUUGGCAAGACUCUUCAACAACGCAACCACUGAAAAGCAACUAUCGCUUAUAAAAGAUGUUAAUGUUCUGGAAGUCGUAAACUUUCUCUCUUUUACCUGCGAGGAAUUAUUUUCAGAUAAGUGUUAUUGGCGUCGAAAGUCAUAUAAUUGUUGCGAUUUAUUUACCAUGGAGCGAACCGAAGUUGGAUUUUGUCAAGUUUUUAAUUCCGUGAUUGAUAAAGGUAAAAAGGAAAGAAAGAAAAAUGAUAAAUACUAUCCAUACCAUAAUGCUGAGUCUGGAGAAAGUUCCGGUUUAGAAGUGGAUAUCAUAUUGGAUGAAGCAAAAAUGAGACCAGGCUUCAACGCUACCAAUGGUGUUUAUAUAAUGAUCAAACAACCUGAACAAUGGCACAAUGAUGCGAGAUUCAUAAAUUUCAAUACAUAUACAAAAAUUGCUAUAACAGCACAGCUAACCGAAACGGAAGAAAGAGCUCGAGUUGUUCCAGUAGAGGAGAGAAAAUGUUUCUUUGAAGAUGAAUCUCAUCAUCCCUUGUAUAAGAAAAUACCGGAAUUACUUUAUUGGAGAGGUAAUUGCCGCACACGUUGUCAUCAGGAAUACGUAGUUAAAUAUUGCAAUUGCAGUCUUAGUGUAUUUUUUCCAAAAUCCAAACAAGAUAAUUUCACGGACUGCAGAGCUACGGACUUCAAAUGUAUCUAUACCCACAAUAAUAUAUUUAGCUCAGAGCAUCACGUAUUUGAAAGUGAAUAUAUCGAUGAUGUAAAUACUGAAUCUAUGAUCUGUAAUUGUCUCAAUAGCUGCAAUCAGUUGAUCUUCGACUAUUAUUUUACCAGCGUACCACUGGAAGGAAUCAAUGGCAGUGAUAAAAUUAAAAUGAUUCACCUUGACAUUCACUAUCAAACAGCAAAUAUCAUCAAGUACAGCACACGAAUGCGCUUUACAUUUGUGGAAUUAUUAGCUAGCUUUGGCGGCAUAAUAGGACUUUUUCUUGGAGCCUCAUUGUUAAGUGCCAUAGAGUUGGCUUAUUUCUUGACAAUCGGUGUGUAUGCUCGUCUACGUAAGCAGUAUAAAAAUAAACCACUUCCAGUUACAACAGUGAAGCCUACAUAUUAUCAAAAUGAUUUAAAUCCA